CCAGCUCAGUAGGUGGCGGUGUUUUAUCUUUAAGCUGAUUUGCCAACUGCUAAUAAUCGUUAGAAGAAGACAACGACGACCAGUCAGUCCUUUCAAACAAAAAUGGCAGCGCUCGUGCCGGAGGUGUUGACGAGUACACACGUGGAGAAAAUGAACAAGAAAAAGCCUCCAAAACGAUAUUGGGAAGAAACAGACCAAAGGAGACCAGAGGAAGAACAAGGUACAGCUGUUCAGAACCAGAAUAAAGCAACAGUAAAAGAAAGGUCAUUAAAAAGGAAGGAUGGUGAAAGUUUGGAGAAAAAGGACCCUUUUCCUGGUGAGGCUCCUAUACCACAUAAGCAACUCCAGAAGUUUCAGAGAGGAGAGAAAUACAAAGUGCCUGCAGGAGCCCGUCGAAGGCUGAAAGAAGCCAUUAUAUCCUCUGAGGCCAUGUCUGAACUUGCUCAGAAACAGGCUGCGAGAUAUGAUCUUUUACUUCCAGAGGAUGCUGGCUUCCUGGAAGGAGAUGAGGAUGAAGACACAAACACAAUCUCUCAAGAUGACAUAGCAGAUGCAAUUGACAUCACUUCUGGAUCAAAGUACUUCAACUUGCAUCUUUCCCAGUUUGGGCCAUAUAGGCUUGACUACGGCAGAACUGGACGGCAUCUACUAGUGGGUGGAAAGAAAGGUCAUGUGGCCUGCAUAGACUGGCAAUCCAAAGACCUCAUGUGUGAGAUGAAUGUCAUGGAAACGGUGAAUGACGUCAAAUGGCUUCAUACAGAGGCCAUGUUUGCUGUGGCACAGAAGAGAUGGCUCUAUAUCUAUGACUCUAAAGGUUUGGAGCUCCACUGUGUGAAGAAGUUCAAUGACGUCUUAAGAAUGCAGUUUCUGCCCUACCACUUCCUACUCGCCACAGCGAGUGCCACAGGGUUUCUGCAAUAUCUGGAUGUAUCGGUUGGUAAAGAGAUCGCAGCCAUCUGCACAAAAAUGGGACGGCUAGAUGUGAUAUUUGGCAGAGAAAAAAAUGCUGUGUACGUACUGGCAUACACAACACAAAUAAUGUGCAUCACCAUGAGAAGUGCAGGGGAACCAAAUUUUGAUGCUCUUGAUACAAACCCGUUCCGCAGCUCUAAACAGAGACAGGAGUGGGAGGUCAAGGCUCUGCUAGAGAAGGUGCAGCCUGAGCUGAUUGGUUUGGACCCAGGACAGCUGAGUAAAGUGGACCAGGCCAGCUUUGAGCAGAGGCACAAGGAACAUGUUGAAGCAUUGGGCUUUGAUCCAUUGGCAAAAGACAAAUUUAAACCAAAGACAAAGAAGAAAGGAAGAAGCUCAGCUGGUGCCAUAGAGAAAAGAAAGAGGAAAGUCGCCCAUGAGGAUCAGAGGGAUGAAAUUCGGCAAACCGUACAAGAGCGAACAGAAAGAGACAAAGAGCAGAAAGAGAAGUCCAAUGAGAAGAAAAAGUUGGGAAAUAAGUCAACACUUGACCGUUUUAGAAAGUAAAGAUAUGAAUCCAUCCUAGAGGAUUAAUUCAAAGGAGAAGAGACUAUUCAUACAUGCUACUCUGUUGCGAAUAUAAGAAUGUUGUUGUACAAGCCAUUUUUUUUUUCAAAACCUCUGGAUGUCAUUUUCCUAAAAGCUCUUUGCUUGUUUAAUAAAAUAUCUAUAAAAUGUA